AUGUCAACACUGAAGACCCCGUACUUGAAUCACCUCAAGAAGGUAUAUGCCUACCGUUUUGAAGAUCAAGAAGUUCAAUCUGAACCUGGAGAAGAAAUCCUACUGCAACCAAGACCAACUUCCAAGCCACAACAAGGUCCUCCUUCCAGUUCAAAACCUGGGCCUUCUUCCAGUCCACAACCUGAGCCUUCUUCCAGUCCACAACCUGGGCCUUCUUCCAGUUCACAACCUGGGCCUUCUUCCAGCUCACUAAUAGGACCUUCCUUUGCUGUAAGUCCAAAGGAUAUAAUUCCUUUACCUAAAACAAAAGCUGUUAAGAAGACAAACAGGAAAAAAGGAACCGCUGCUGUAUUGACCUCAAGCCCAUAUAAAUUGGAGUUAGAACAAGCAAAAAAGGAAAAAGAAGAAAAAGAAAGGAAAAGGAGAUGA